GAAUUUGGAUCAGAAAUCAAUAUUCACUCAUUUAUAUUUCAACAAACAUUUUAUGUGCAAUAGAUUAUACAUGAACAUAAAUUCGAUAUAAAUAUGAAUAACGAGGGAAACAACGAGAUUGUUAUUUUAGAUGCUGCGGGUCCCAGUAAUAUACUAAUCGAGAAAUUAGAUGAGAAUUGUCAGCAACCUGCAUCUAGCGGACCUGAAGAUUUUAGUUUUAUGUGUCGAAUAUGUGCACUGAAAACACGCAACAUCAUGAACCUCUUUGAAGAUGAAGGAGCUGAGCAGAAACUUGUGGAAAAAAUUAACAAAUACUUACCCUUAAAGGUGUCACAAGGAGAUGGGUUGCCAGAAGUUAUUUGCUAUCAAUGUUCGAAUGCAGUGCUGGCCUGGCAUGAACUGGUGGAGUGCUGCAUGCAAGCCGAUGCCUCUUUUAGAAAACAAUUAGUACUUGCUGCACAAGGAAAUGGGAUCUCAUCUACAACCAAAGGUUCUGUCAAUCAUUUGGAUGAAGAUAGCCUGAAGUUUAAGAAAAUGCUCGCGGACACGACGCUUUAUACGGAAGCGGCUGUGAACGAAAAAGCGCAAGAUAAAAAAUGUAAUUAUUGUAAUGCGGACAAUUUCGCAUACUUCGAAAUAUAUUAUUCAAAGUGUUCAAAAGAUAAUUUGCUAAAAAUAUGUCUCACUUGUGGACGCGGCUAUCCCACCAAGGAAGAUAUCGAGAUCACGUUUCAACAAUCCGGUUGGAGAUUGCUUCCAAAUACCGUCGUUUCUUCGAAUAUCAAUCUGAUGUCAACCAAUUUGAGAAUAAGUAACAUUGAAAUUCAAAAUAACGAAGACCUAAAUGCUUGUGAACCCAAUGACACGUUUAAUUUUGAAUCGGUUAAUGCCGAAAAUAUUCUGUCAGAAUCACACGAUGAAAUAAACGUGGAAAUCACUAAUCAUGAUGAUAACAAUUGCAGCACCGUAAAUGCUAGGUUGACUGAUGUACCGGUUAAUAGCGAGGCAAUCGAAUUGUCAUCCAAUGCUAGCCGAGAUCCAAGUGAAGCAAAUUGUGCAGAGAACGAGUUCUCAGAUCACAGCGACGUGGAGUCGUUCGCGCAACUACCAGACUCGGUGUUCGAAGCAAUCGAAGACACGCAGGACAGUAUAGACCAAGACGAGGGUAAAUGCACUCGAAGUCCAGCCCGAGCGAAUGCAAAACAGAAAUCUCGCACGUGUCCCAUUUGUGGAAAAGUGUACACGGCGUCGUCGAGUUAUUUCUAUCACAAAAAGCACUUCCAUGGAAGAGUUAAGAAUUACAGUUGCGAUGUGUGCGAUAAAAAGUUUGGAACGAGAAGCGAUUUAGUUCAGCACGGCGCAGUACACACCGGCGAGCGGAAGUUUGCUUGUAGUAUGUGCGAAAAAAGGUUUCGGUCGAAGGCGAGCCUGUACAUACACGAACAGACGCAUAAGGGCGUCAAAAUCCACAAGUGCACUAAAUGCGAGCGAUCUUUCCGUUGGAUUGCGCAUCUGACGAGACACAUGCAGAGGCAUGACGCGGUGAAGAAGCAUGAGUGCGCGGUGUGUGGCCGCGGCUUCACGAUCCGGUGCGAUCUGCUCCGACAUGCGCGCACGCAUACAGUUGGUAGCUACCAGUGUGAGAAGUGCGAAGUGAAGUUCGCGCAGAUCAGGUACCUGAAAGCGCACAUGGUGAAAAAACACGGUGUUGCUUUUAAAUCUGGAAGUGAUGAAUAGUUGAAAAUAAUAGAAGCAAUAAUGUGUGAAACGAAUCCGCCUUAAUAUAACUACAGUGUAGUGUGAACAGCAAAAUGAUGUCAAUUUAGUGUUUUGAUGUACAAAUAAAUAAACAUAUUUUAC